GGAAGCGGUGCUGUUCCAGUUGUUGGGAAAUCGUGAUGGAACCCGGCUUAGUGUAAACCCUGGGCUUAUCGUGGGCGGAGGGAGGCGGGUCUAGGUUGCGGUGGCCACAGGAGCGGCUAGGGCGGGACAGGCUCAGGGCCUGUACUGGAGAGCCUAGGCUGACUGCUCCUGCUAGGUCAGCGUCACUCCGCCUCCAGGUUGGAACUGGCUCCCACCUUCGGCCUGGCUCCUGCAGUGCUUUUGCCUGGCCACCGCGGCCCCUCAUCCCGCCCGGACCGCUGGACGGACCGGGUGUAUUGCCUGCAGCCAGACGGUUCUCUCUGCUUCACUUUUAGCUGUCCCUGUGGCUCUGCCCAGGGCUGCAAGAACGUUGACGUGGAGCGGUCCACGCCAGAACCCCCAUGGAGAAGUUUGGGAUGAAUUUCGGGGGCGGCCCAAGUAAGAAGGAUCUCUUGGAGACCAUCGAGACACAGAAAAAGCAGCUUCUCCAGUACCAGGCAAGACUCAAGGAUGUGGUGCGUGCCUAUAAAAGCCUGCUGAAGGAGAAAGAAGCCCUGGAGGCCAGCAUCAAGGUACUGUCGGUAUCCCACGAGGCGGAUGUAGGCCUCUCAGGUGUGCAGCCUCCAGGUCUCACGUUUCCUGAUUCUGUGGAUGACCGGUGCUCCACUCACAGUGAGGACAGCACCGGAACUGCCACUAGCUUGGAUACCGCAGCCAGUCUUACAAGUGUCAAGGGUGAAUUUGGGGUUGAAGAUGACAGAGCGGCCCGUGGACCACUUCCCCCAAAGUCUGAAGAGGCCAGUGGGUCAGAGAGUGGCGUUAGUAGUAGCAGUGGGGAUGGGCCAUCUGCCGGUAGUGAGAUGGACAAAAGAGUGCAUCAGCUGAAGACUCAGUUGGCCACUUUGACUAGCUCCUUGGCGACAGUCACUCAGGAAAAGUCCCGUAUGGAGGCGUCUUACCUGGCGGAUAAGAAGAAGAUGAAGCAGGACUUAGAGGAUGCCAAUAAAAAGGCAGAGGAAGAGCGGGGUCGCCUGGAGGGAGACUUGAAGGUGCUGCAAGAGCAGAUAGCAGAAACCAAAGCCCGCCUCAUUACACAGCAGCACGAUCGUGCCCAGGAGCAGAGUGACCAUGCCUUGAUGCUGCGCGAGCUUCAGAAGCUCUUGCAGGAGGAGAGGACCCAGCGCCAGGACCUGGAACUUCGCUUAGAAGAGACCAGAGAAGCCUUGGCAGGGCGGGCAUAUGCCGCUGAUCAGGUCGAAGGGUUUGAACUGCAGACCAAGCAGCUGACCCGAGAGGUAGAGGAGCUGAAAGGUGAGCUGCAAACCAUUCGAGAUGAGAAGAACCGACCAGACCCCCGGCUGCAGGAGCUUCAGCAAGAGGCUGCCCGUCUUAAAAGCCAUUUCCAGGCCCAAUUGCAGCAAGAAAUGAGGAAGACAGCCCUUGCAGAGGACCAGCUCCGCCAGCAGUCUCAGGUAGAAGAGCAGAGAGUAGCAGCCCUGGAGAGCCAGAUCUCUGAGGUAUCUGAACUGCUGGGCACCUACGAGAAAGCCAAGCAGAAAGACCAGCUGGCCAUCCAGAAGCUGAAGGAGCGACUUCUGCAGCUGGACCUGGAGAACAAGACACUGGCCCUCGCAGCCUCUAGCCGGUCCUCCCUUGACAUCCAUGGCGACGAAUCCAGUCUGGAUAUCAAUGUCUUGAAGGACAAGAUGGAGAAGCUCAAGAAGCUACUACAGGUUGCAGCUAGGAAAAGCCAGGUGACCCUGGAUGUGGAGAAGCUCUGCGACCCUGAGAUAAUGGCCAACUCCGAGGCUGCUGACGGGGAAAAGGCUACCGCGCUCUACUACCAACAGGAGCUGAAGCAGCUGAAGGAAGAGUUUGAGCGGUAUAAGAUGCGAGCCCAAGUUGUGCUCAAAAGCAAGAACACCAAAGAUGGGAGCCUGGGGAAGGAGCUGGAGGCAGCACAGGAGCAGCUCGCAGAGCUGAAGGACAAGUAUAUCUCCCUGCGGCUGUCCUGUGAGGAGCUGGAAAGCCAGCACCAGCAGGAGGCUGAGGACUGGAAGCAGGAACUGGCCCGGCUGCAGCAGCUCCAUCGGCAGGAACUGGAGCGCAGCCAGCUGGACUUCAGGGACCGCACACUGAAACUGGAGGAGGAGCUACACAAGCAGCGGGACCGGGCCCUGGCUGUGCUCGCGGAGAAGGACUUGGAGCUGGAGCAACUACGUUCUGUGGCCUUGUCCUCUGGGUUGCCAGGACGCAGAAGCCCCGUGGGAGGAGUGGGUGGUGGAGGUCUUGGGGACCCAGCCGACACAGCCUCCUCAGAUAGCUUGACCCAGGCCCUGCAGCUUGCUGCAGCCAACGAGCCCACCUUCUUUCUUUAUGCUGAGCAGUUGGCCCGCAAGGAGGUGGAGAUCACAUCUCUGAGGAAGCAGAAACACAGGCUGGAGGUAGAAGCCCAUCAGCUGCAGGAAAGGCUGCUGGAGGAGGGCGAGCGGCAUCGAGAGGAGGUUGGAGCCCUCCAGAGCCACAUCGAAAAGAAUAUGAGGGACCAGAGCAGGGAGGGAGCCAACCUGGAAUAUCUCAAAAACAUCAUCUACCGCUUCCUGACCCUGCCCGACAGCCUGGGCCGCCAGCAGACGCUCACCGCCAUCCUCACGAUCUUGCACUUCAGUCCUGAAGAGAAACAAGUGCUAAUGCGGCUCCCAAGCGGUGGGAGCUGGUGGCCUUCCGGCAAGAGAUGAUAGAUACUUUUUGUUUUCUUACCAACUCCUGAAAUCUCCGUGCCUCUUUUAUUGUGGGAAGGGCAGGCUCGGAUUUCUACGGCCUCUUCUCUUGCAUUCUUAUUUAUUUCUUCACUGUGUUGAACUCAGAGCAGUUCAAAGUAGAAUGGGAUUAUCUGCCAAGUGCCAUUAAUGCAGUUUUAUCCUUGGGCUCUCAGGGUACUGCCAGUAUUGAGACAGCAUCUCGUAGUGGUCUGUAUGUGGAGCAGGUUAGGGAGAAAGGCUGGGGGUAGGAGGUGCGAGUUAGGGAAAUGGUGAGGGUCUUAAUAAAUAAGAUAUUGUAUAAUGCUUCUGGCUCAGAGCUAGGAAUAAAUGUGACUCCCAGGGGAGGUCAUCUGACUUUGGAACAUAUACAGUAACUAUGUAUGUAUUCCUUCACAGUCAGCAUCUGGCCCACUUGUGUCUUAAUUCUCUGGGGACAUACAUCAAGCUAGGAAGAGACCAGGGAGUUAAAAACAGUGACGGUUUGUCCCAAGGGCUGAGGACUAGUGAGUUCCUCCCAAAACUUGGAACCUUGCUUCCAGGAACCAGCUGAGCCCUUUGUGCCCAUCCCAGAGAGGGUCCCGAGCAGCCAUGUGAGCUUAGCGAUCUCCAAAGUGGUCCUGUUUGGUCCAGGACGGGGUUAAAAACAAACCUCUCCUGCUUAAGGCAGGCAGAGAGUGGGAGUGAUGACUUCAUGGUCUUCCCUUCAACAUGGAGCUUGUAGAAGAGAUGACAUCUUUGCUUCUUUCAGAGCAUUUGGACAGUAAGCCGGGACCUGCAGGGAUACGAGGAAUUUCUGCCAAGAUGUAUUCCCAGCUGUGUUUGCUUUUGCAGGGACAGGAAAAAGGAGGUAAUUUGCUGCAGAUUCCAGAACACUGUUAGGACCCUCCCAGGAAAAGCAGAGUUCAGCUGAAAUACUUUCUGCCCUAUGAUCCUGGCAGAGGUUAAUUCUAUUCUUUAUUUUCUUUUGGUUAAUUCUGUUCUUUAAGGAAAGUAGCUCUCAGAAAAUUUGGGUCAAAGCACUAUGAGUUGCCAAUUCUUUUCUUUGAUCAGUCUGCUCUUCCUGGUUAUAAAGACCUUUGGACCUGAAAGAUCAAUGUUUGGCCAUUAAUAUAUAUCUUUUUGCUAUUUUUAUUAUCGAGAUCUGUUUUGUGAGGGUUUGGGGUGCAGAAAACUUUGAUUAACGAUGUUUUCAGUGGGAGGAGGUGACCUGAUUAUCUGCGGGAGCAGACUUCAAUGGAACAGAAGUGAUGUCUUUGUAGUAAUAACAAUGGUCAUUAAACCUGAGUGACUUGAGCUGUGUUUUCUUAAUGGUGGUGUCUAUACAUCUGGACACAAGUAGAGUGUGAAAAUAAAUGGUGAAUGAAAAGGCUAGAUAUAUAGUUCCUUAUAUUGAUCUCUGAGCUCAAAUCCAUAUUCCAUUAUGUAAAUCCAUGAGCUUCACUCCAGGGAGGGAUACCUCAGGGCUUUAACUGCCUGACAGAUAACAAAUUUCUUAGGUUGGAAUUGUGUGUGUGAGAGCGUGUGUGCACAGCCAUGAUGGAAAAGCUUUCUAAAGGGUUUAGUGAGUAGGCUUGAUGCUUCCAUAAUUACUAUUCAUACCUAGAAGCAAUCUGUUAUGAGUGCUUCUUUUUCACUACAAUCAGGAUUCAUGGUACCCUGGAAAGUUAUCUCAGGACAUCAAGCUAAUAAGCUAAUAAUAGACUUCCUUCAUUUCUUUGUCUUGCUCCCUCUGAGAAGAUAUCCUGUGGUUGCUGGCAUUUCUAGGUGGCUCUAGGAAGGACAGAAAGAUCCACAGGCACAGUUGCUUUUCCAGAGCUAGUGUUUGCUGAGCUUAAAUAUUCUCUCUCUCCUUUUUUAAAAAAUAAAUUUAAAAAACCCCAACUUUUAACUCUUGUUUUUAUGUGUAGGAGUGUUUUGCCUGCUGCAUGUUUGACUAUGUUUCACAUGCAUACCUUGUACCCCGAGGAGUCAGGGAGGUUGGCACAUCCCCUGGAACUGGAGUUACAGACAAUAGCAAGUUCCCAGGUAGAUGGUAGGAAUUGAACCUGGAAGCUCUAGAAGAGCAGUAAUUGCCUUUAACCACUGAACCAUCUCCCCAGCCCCUUAGAGUCUCUUGCUCAAGUAUUUCGACCACUUAGAAGUUUCUGCAGUAAUCACAGUCUGCUGCAACAGGAAGCUUUCCCGACGAUGGCUGGGCUCAGCAUUGAUCUCAGAGGAUAAGCAUGAAUGUUUAGAAGGCAGUUGGACAAGGUCAUCCAGCUAAACGACACUAGUAGGUUUCUCCCUGGGACCUGCGACCACAGGCUCUCCCUUGAUCAGGUUUCCAGAACCUAGUGUUCUGGGACAUGGGCCUCAACUUCAACCCUAAGGAGGUUGGUAAUCCCCAUAACAAGCAUGCCACCAUUACACUGGAGACCACACCUUCCCUGGCAGGUCAUUACUGUAGCUCAUAGGAGGCUGAUGUACAAGUAAGAAUGUUGAUAACUUGCCCCCAGCCCCCACCCCAAUGUUCUGCAGAGCACCUUCUGACACAGUGAAGGUUAGCUAGUAGGAAGGAUGCCUGCAGCCCAUUUCCAGCUUCAUUUCUUUAUGUUGUGAGACUAAAUUACACAAUAUCUUCAGCAACCAAGUCUUACCAUCAAGUUUGGGUGGAAAACCAAGAGAAAUGCCAAUAGCCUGUAUUGUUUUGGGGGAGCCUUUGGGGACUUCCUAGCUAAUAACUUGUAGGGAGAUGUCCUACACCAGGGACUGGGAUUUUUAUUUAAUAAUCCAUGGCUUCUAGAAGAAUAAUUAUUCAUCCAAGGAGGACACAUCCGUUUAAAACUUUUAAAAAGAUUAAUAUUAUACAUUAUUUAGAGACCAGCUCUCUCUGUAGUCCUGACUUUCCUAGAGCUCACUGUGUAGACCAGGCCUCCGCCUCUCAAGUGCUAGGAUUAAAGGUCUGUGCUACCAUGAUGCCGGGGCCAAGAUUGUACUUCUUAAUUGAAGUUGUAGGUGUUCAUCUGGUUUCCCCUUUACUUUUGUUUACCCACCAUCCACACCUUGUUGUCCUCCCAUCCCACUUUUUCUUCACUACUUAGACCUUUCGGACCCCCCAUCCCCUUCCCUUCUGCUGUCAUGACCUGAUGUGUUCUGCCUUUCCCACCCCCAUCGGCCCACUUCUAUCUUUCUCUCUUUUAUCUUUACAUUGUGUUUGACUUUUAAGAAAACAACAAUUGGGGCAGUUUUAGGGUAGAAAUUUAAAUUAUUUUUGAGACAGGAUCUCACUAUGUAGCCUUUAUUGGCCUGAAACUCAUUAUAUAGACCAGGCUAUCUUCACACUCUAAGAGAUCUGUCUAAUUUUGCCUCUGGACUACUGGAAUUAAAUAUAGGCAUGUACCACCAUGCCCAGCAAUUAUCUAUCUAUCUAUCUAUCUAUCUAUCUAUCUAUCUAUCUAUCUAUCUAUCUACCUACCUACCUACCUACCUACCUACCUACCUACCUACCUACCGAUCUAUCGAUCUAUCUAUCUAUCUCACACCACUGGUGGUAUAGAAGUAUUAAUAUAGUCCUCCUAAUUUAUCUUUUGUUCUUUUUUGGGGGGGGGGUUGAGACAAGGAUUCUCAGUAUAGCCCUGACUGUCCUGGAACUCACUUUGUAGAAAUCCGCCUGCCUCUGCCUCCCAAGUGCUGGGAUUAAAGGCGUGCACCACCACUGCCUGGCCUUUAUUUUUGUUCUUUAAAAAAUGAUCGAUCUCUGAGUUUGUCUUGCCUACCUAGUGGUUCCAGGACAUUCAGAGCUACACAGAGAAACCCUGUCUUGAAAAAUAAAAACGAAAAAUUAAUUUUUUUAUGUAUGUAGUUGUUUUGUGUGCGUGUGUUUCUGCACACCAUGUAUGUGCCGUUCCUAUAGAGGCCAGAAUAGAACAUUGGAACCCUUGAGUUGGAGUUUCAGAGGCUUGUUACCUGCCAUUUGAAUGAUCAUUUCUUCAGCCCUGUGUUUGUCUUACUGAGAAAGGGUCUUGGGUAGCUGGCCUUGAACCUGCUGUGUAGCCAAGGGUAACUUUUAAUGCUUGAUGUUCCUGCCUCUACUCCCCAAGUGCUGGGUUACAGUUGUGUGCCAUCAUGCUCAGAUCUUUCUGUCUACUAUCUGUAUUUCUAUUGAACAUUUUCAACUGAUACAUAGACAUAAAAUGUGUAUAUGUUAA